CCAGAGUAUAAAGAAGGUGCAGCCCGGGGGAAGCCCCGCCUUCUCCGCUCCGGGCGGAAGUUGCGGAGCCCUUACCGGAAGUCGUCGUGAGGCGGGGUGGGGUCUGUGCCGCGGCGCGGUGGAUCGAUAUGGCGACCGAGGGGGACGUGGAACUGGAGUUGGAGACGGAGACCAGCGGCCCCGAGCGGCCUCCCGAGAAGCCGCGGAAGCAUGACAGUGGAGCGGCGGACCUGGAGCGAGUCACCGACUAUGCGGAGGAGAAGGAGAUCCAGAGUUCCAACCUGGAGACGGCCAUGUCGGUGAUCGGAGACCGACGGUCCCGGGAGCAGAAAGCCAAACAGGAGCGGGAGAAGGAACUGGCAAAAGUCACCAUCAAGAAGGAAGAUCUGGAACUGAUAAUGACAGAAAUGGAGAUCUCCCGAGCAGCUGCAGAACGAAGUCUGAGGGAACACAUGGGCAACGUGGUAGAGGCUCUUAUUGCCUUAACCAACUGACCGGUGCAUUAUCAGGUUUACCCAGUGGAUUAACUUAUUUCAAUAAAGAGUUUUUUUUUCCCCCCA